AUGCUUCGUGCGACUGCAUCGACCAAUUCAGGGUGUGCAUCGGUCGACACAGUUAGGGCUUUAGCGGUGACUCUAGGAAUUGCAACAGUCGAUGCUGUAAUCAUCAACGGGAUACAGCGGUGGAAUGGUGAAGAGUGUUGUGUUGAUGCAGUGGACACAGCGGUUGCAAGCCCUCCAUUCUCUUCACAGCCUCCAACAUCUGAAUCUGAAGACUGUUUUGAGAUUACGGCAGAUGAGAUUGAUGAAGAAGGAGGCAGAAGAAUUAGGAAGCGAUGGAGUGCAGAAGAGGAUGUCCAUCUAAUAAGUGCUUGGUUAAACACAAGCAAAGAUCCAGUGGUAAGCAACGAGCAGAGGAAAAAUAGUUUCUGGAAGAGGGUUGCAGACUAUUACAAAGCUCAUGUUGGAGGAACCGGUUCAAAUGCAAGAGGGACUUCACAAUGUAAGGAAAGGUGGAAUAAGAUAAACUACCAAGUCAACAAGUUUGUUGGGUGUUACGCACAAGCGAGUACAAGAAGGAAAAGUGGAGAAUCAGAAGAUGAUGUUUUGAGAAUGGCGUAUGAGUUUUACAAGAAUGACAUGGACAAGCCGUUUCUGCUAGGACAUUACUGGAGAGAACUGAAGAAUGAUCAGAAAUGGAUCACAGAACGCCAUGAGGAAUGUGGCAAUAAGUGGACUAAGCUUGCUUCUGAAGGAGAAUUCGCAUCUACUUCGAGCAACGGUGGAGAUGAGAUGAGGCCUCCGGGGGUUAAAGCUGCCAAGAAGAAAGGAAAGAAACCAGCAGUUAGUAGUGAUGUUCCGGAUGGUUUUGUCGAUAGGUUGGAUAAGAUAAUAGCAAUGAAGGAUCAAGAAUAG